AUGGUUUCUGAGACACUCAAGAUCACAAUUCCAAAGCAAUGGUUGACUAUCCAGUUAGGCCAAACUGUCUCAAUUGCUCUUCUGCACACGGAUUGGAAAGAAAGAGAUUUGCCUGGUUUGACGAAAGCGGCUGCUGAGGGUCAGCUGGAAAGUAUUGUUCAAGACAUUGAAACCAUUGUUCGAUCUUAUGUUGAGAAGAUUUUCAUGAUGCUGUGGAAGUUAUUGCAGAAUUCUGGAUACCUCCCAAGUCAGUUUAGUUUUUGGACCGUUGAAAUUGAUGAAACUAUGUUUGCCGUAGCCCAACAGCAUUACACUAACAAUUUCCCCUGCCAAUCAAGAUAUGGCACCAUCUUUCUAGGAAAGUGCAUCCAUUGGGAAGAUCAUAUUGGUUGCAACAUCCUUGGGGAGAGAAUACCAGGUAUUACGCCUUUGAUUAACAAAAGCAUUUAUGAACUCGAAGUUGAGAUGGACAACCUUGGUUGGCCUAUUGCUGUUGAUGCAGGGCCUUCAAGACAGAGAGAAGAUGUGUCAACAAAUGGUGGAAAAUUUGAGCUAAAAGAUGAUGCUAGCAAUUGCAGCAACAGCUUGUCCUCAGAAAAUGGUAAGCCAAUGGAUGCCAAUGCAGUCUCCAAGGAACCAAAGAACUUCACAAAUGGAGACCCUAAAAGUACCUUGUUCUCCUGAAAUGCAGGAGAGACAUGGGCGGUGUUGAAGAAACGAAGUAAGACCAUUUGAACUUAUGUUGUUCACCCCUUCUUAUUAUAGUGUGGUCUAUUCAAAAUCUUUAUCACAAGACUUUCAUUAUUUUUGUGAAUUUCAAACAUAAGCAAGAUAAUCCAAAU